CCACCGACACCACCACCAACUCCACCAAUGCCACUCGCUCGUGCGACUGCAGCGCGUCCCAGCAGCCGCGGGGAAUGGAGAGAUCUGAACUGGAGUUUGUUCAGAUAAUAAUCAUAAUUGUGGUGAUGACCGUCAUGGUGGUCGUGAUCAUCUGUCUGCUCAACCACUACAGACUGUCGGCGUUCUUCAGCCGCCAUCGCCGGGGCGGAGCCAUGCAGCCAAGCGGAUGUUCGUGGCCCACAGACAGUCUGGUGACACAACAAGGAGCCACAGAGGUGAUGUUCGGGCCACGGAGUUUCGAUCGCUUCGUACCUCCUUCGUUUAUCCAGAGGGAGCAGUCGAGCCGUUUCCAGCCCACGUACCCGCAAAUGCAGACGCAAAUCGAGCUCCCGCCCACCAUCUGCCUGUCAGACGGCGAGGAGCCGCCGCCCUAUAAAGGCCCCUGCACUCUCGCCCUGAGGAACCCCGAGCAGCAACUCGAGCUGAGCCGCGCCUCUGUGCGAGCUCCGCCCAAUCGCACUGUCUUUGAUAGCGACAUCAUGGACGUUUACGGGCCCAGGCCGCCCAGCACACACUCUGGCAAGAGUGCCUCGUACGCGCGCCUUCAGGGGCAAGGACCACCGCCCACUUACAGUGAUGUGAUUGGUCGAUCUUACCCAAACUUCACCACCUCCUCCUCCUCCUCCUCCUCCUCCUCCUGUUUCUUGCACCAGCACAGCAAUAACGCACCGCCGUCCAAUCAGAGGAAGGCGAAGGAUGGAAGACGCGACAAACCGACUUGACUGACAAGCACAGAGUGGGAGGGGCUGUGCUCUUUGGACCCUGUUCAUAAAUAUGCGAAAGGGGGUGUGGCUUCCCUCCAAGCACUCACUCCCUUGCACAAUUUAGUAAUCCAGAAAAUCAAGGAACCAAGCUUAAGCGAAUAUCACUUUUUUGUAUACUUUUUUAAUUUGAAUUAUUUUGCUAAAACUUGUGGGCCUCGUGUGGAUGUUCAGGCUUGUCGGCAGUUUCUCUGUUCUUGUUUUUUUGUACGCGUUCUUUUAUUUAAGAUAAUCACCUUUUUUUUUGCAGAUCGCUCAAGAAACUGCGUAGGAUAUAGGAUUUUUUACAAUUUUGUUUUAUGUUUUUUUUUUACGUUCAUGCACGAAAAAAAAUCGUAAGUUCUUAACCAAUCAAAAUCCAAAUUUGAGUGCCAUGAUUCGUGUAAUUGUUACUUAAAUCUCAGUGAUAUCAUCGAAAUGCAGAGAAAAAAAAAAUCUACAUUGCACUAACUUAGUAUUUUAUUUUUUGUUUGGUCCGUAUUCUAAUUUUUAAGCAUAUUUUAUCCAUUUCACUUUUGUUUCUUAAAACUAGGGAAUUCUGAUCCAGCCUAAAGAAAUCCACUACUAACCCACAAGAUGGCACUUAAAAAAACAAAAAAACAAAAAAAAAAAAGGGGGUGUUGUUUAAAUUGUGUUCAUUUUUCCUCAUUAAAUGUCAUUUUUCAUCCUUUCAAAAUAGCACUUUAAAACUCGCUCGCUUCAGCAUGGUCCAAGUGCAAAGGAAUCAUGGGAAACGUAGUCUUAUGCACAUCCGCAACGUCGAGCACGUCUCAUUGGCUAGCUGAUCUUCUACGCUUCUUUCUUUACACACACUGAUUGUCUGUUGUUUUUUUUUUAUUUUUUUUUUUUAAGAACCUCUUUGAGAACCGCUGGUUCGUAGUCUCACGAACGCUCGUAAAAAAAGCCAAAUUCGUUAGUUAUGAAGUAUUCCUUUGAUGGCAGAAUCUCUUUUCGUUUUGUUUCCUGUUACGUGUAAAUGUCGGCCAUCUUGUCCUAGAUCGAGUGUCAGCGUGACGUUCGGUAAUUUGCUCAAAACAUUUAAAGAAAUUUAGACUGUAAAGUUACGGAAAAAACAACGUUCCUGUCAUGUUCUUAAAAAAAAAAAAGUUUGAUGUCCAGUGAUACAAAAACAAACAUCACGAGAAUGUUAGCGUCCAUUUAUACAACUAAAAAUGUUGCAGAAACGUUCUGUAAGAACAUUCCUCAAAGACGUCAGCUUUUUGGGAACCAAAAGUAACGUUCCGCUAACCUUAAAUUGUUCCAGGAAAGUUUUUAAAGCACCCUCGUUCACUGACGGGAACGUGUACACGAGUACUUGGUAGAGAUUCUAAUCAGCGUGAUGGCUAUUUAGCUACCGAGCUAACAUGCUAAUCGUAAGGCUUGUUAAUCAGUUGGCCGUUAGUCAGUUAAUCGGUUAGUUACAAACCUGGUCAUGUGACAUUUGUUCAACUUGAAAGCAUGCUUAGCCUAAAAUGCUGUUUCUCAUCAAACACUAUAGCAGUUUCGCAACAUUAGCUAAGCUAAUUACAGUCCUCGCUUACUAGCCAGUGUAAAUGUUCGCUCUCAUGCUUGUAGUUAAUUAAGUUUGCUAACAAGCUAAUAGCUAAUGUUUGGCUAACUACUAUGUAUUUGUAAUUAAAACCAGUAGCCAGGAUUGCUACCAAGCUGGGAGUAAAUAAUCUGGGGGAAAAAAUAGCUAAUAAAUGAAAAAUUUUAAGAGUUAAAUUUGUAACUGUUUACACUUUAAUCAGCGUCAUCCUACACCUUAAUUUUUUUUAAUGGCAUCAAGUCAGUCAGAGUUUGAAACUGGUUCAGUUGAGCUGAUGCAGCACUUAAGAUGGCGUUUUGAAUAAGGGGAAGUGAAAAAGGGUGUGUUUUAAAAAAAAAAUCACAAGACAGCUGUCGUAGUGCGCUCAGUGCGAUUCUGUCGGCUCUCGCUUGCUGUUACUCAUUCUCAUUGUGUGUGUGUGUGUGUGUGUGUGUGUGUGUGUGUGUGUGGUCCUGCUGCUGCUACGCUAAUGCUAACGUUCUUGCUGACGCAAAUGCUAAUGCUGCUCUCCAUUGUCUCGCUGUUCACGUGUACUUCAUUUUUACAUGUUUCUCUCCUUUAAUGUUUAAUCUUCAUUUCUUUCUUCUCACGCGUAUUACCGUUACAUCCACAGUUUAAAACCUCCGAGUGUUGAUUAUAAUUUUGACGUUUGUUGCAUGUUUCUCCGAGCAGAUUUGGUGCCUAAAAGUUGUGGUAAAGCAGAAAUAGGAACCUUUUUCACUUUGCACUCCGAACCCCGAACAACCCCCCCUCCACCACCCCCCCACCACCCCCCAAAAAAAUCCCUCCCCACCUUCGUUGUGCCUCACUUCCUACGGUGCUUUUUUCACAAGUCCGACUUUGUUUAUUCGUACUGUGCUGUAUAAAUAUAUAACUUGAAAAUAUUAUGCACAUAUCCUACCCAAUGGGUAGAUGGAGAGAAGAAAAAAAAAACCACAAGAGAACAAAUGUUAAUACUGUAAUAUAAUGUAUAGAAGAUAUUACGAUGAGAAAUUUAACAUGUUGGCAUCUGGGUUUUUUGUGAAUGCCCUACAAUUGUGCUUUUUGUCUUUUGUAAUAAAAAAAUAAAAAAGAAAAAACAAUAAAACAACAACAAAAAACCAAAACAAAAAAGAGGUAAUGAAAUAAUACUACAGUAUAGUCAAAACAUAAGUUACAAAAAGUACUUCUUAUAUUUUUUUCCUAUAUCUGCUAUGUGAUGAUUAUGAGGCGGUCGCAUACAGGACAAAACUCGCUGCUGCUUUUAUAACUUCCAGAGAAAUUAUCAUUAUUAAUGCCAGCGCUUGCCAUUUAUUUAUUUGACUUUUUUUUUAUUAUUAUUAAUAUUUAGUGAGUGAUAGAUGUUUGGACUUUAAAAUAACACAGAACAGAAGACCCGUAUCUUAUUUCACCAAACAGACACAAAUGGAGAGUUAACAAAUAAAGGUUUUGGAUCAUA